AUGCAAAUAGAUGGUUUUUUAAUGGAGGCUAAAAAGAGAUUUGAUCAAAACAAAAAAUAGCAGACGGAUCAUUAUGUUGAUGCAUUAUUAGAAAUGACCAAACAAAGAGAUGAAUAUCUUAAACGAAAUAUUCAACUUGAAAUUAUAGUGAAUGAACUCAAUGAAUAAAUUGAAAAAUUAAAACGUUAAACAUCAAUUAUUCCAUCCGCCAGUUAAUAAUAAUUUAGCAGUCCUCUAACUGCAAGUGAGGAAGUGAUAUAAUAUGAGAAUUAAGUAAAUCAUCGUAAAAAAUCAUCCAUUUAUUCAAUGAAUACUUAAGAUUCAAUAAUAAAUGAUGAAGACAAAGAAGAUCAAUUGAUGACAUUUCUACAUUAACUUGAUGAAUAAUAAGCCAAUUAGUUGUAUAGUUUAUUCAGCAGCUUAAACACUGAUCUCGAUUCAAAAAUCAACAAGAAUGAACCAUUAUAUCAGAACCUAAUCUCAAAUACGAAUCAGCACAAAUUAGUAGAACAACCAAGUUCAUUCAGUUUUUCAUAAAAAUGGAAUGACAAGGAAAAUCAUUAUUUCUGA